GCACUGUUUUCACGAGCUGUGACUGGAACCGCUCCGAUGGACCCUCACGAUCCGUGUUUUUGUUCCCACUAAGUGGGAUUUAAAUGCCACCUUCUUGCUAGUUGGCACAGGGAGAGAGGCUGGCUGUUUCACAGAAGGUUCAGCUAAAGUUUCUCUUGCUUUUGCUCGCGUUAAUGAAACUGUUGAGUAGUCAGAGAUGAGUUGGUGCAAAGUGCUGAUGCGUCAAAAGCUUGUGACCCACCAGCAGCCCCGCCGAGGGCUGAAUCAUCCCCCCAUCCUCCCCUCCCCGCCCACAGACACGAUGGAUUAGCGCUCCGAGGUGGAAGAAACGGCUAAUCCCGACCGUUUUAAACCGCGUUUCUCUUGGCCGGUGUUGGUAAAUGUAGCUGUCUAACGCUUUUUCCUGCUCUGCGUUUGAGGAGACGGAUGAUGGAGGCGGAGAACCGAUGAGCUGGGAAGUCCAGAUGUGAUGGGAGCACUGGGGCGGGUGUCUGCUGGACAUGAGACAAGAACGUGAAUAAAGACCCUACAGGGCGGAGAAGAUGAAGCUAAACGAACGCAGCGUGGCGCACUACGCCACCUGUGAUUCCCCACCAGACAAAACUGGCUUCCUGUUCAAAAAGGGUGAACGCAACACGGCGUAUCACCGCCGCUGGUUCGUCCUGAAGGGCAACAUGCUCUUCUACUUUGAGGAGCGAGACAGCCGAGAGCCCAUUGGCGUCAUCGUCCUGGAGGGCUGCACCGUGGAGCUGUGCGAGUCUGUGGAGGAGUUCGCCUUCGCCAUCAAGUUCGACUGCGCCAAGGCGCGGGUGUACAAGCUGGCAGCGGAGAACCAGGCGGCCAUGGAGUCGUGGGUGAAGGCUUUGUCGAGGGCCAGCUUCGACUACAUGAGGCUGGUGGUGAAGGAGCUGGAGAGGCAGCUAGAGGAGAUCCAGGACGCCGCCGGAGCUGGAGGCCAGCAGUCCAGGCCGAAGCUUUCCCGGCGAAAUCAAGUGGUGCGAUCCAGGUCCGGGGCAUCUUCCUCUUCAUCUUCGUCUUCCCUCUCGUCAUCGUCAAGCGCUCCUUCCAUGGCCGCCGUUUACUCUGCUCAGAAGAGCCUUCAGGAUGAGGUGCAGCUCAUCUCCGGGAGUUCCAGGGAGAACGGAGUCGCAUGGAGCAAACCUCCAUCCGCCUCGGCUAACGGGUCGGCAGAGGCAGCACCGUCCUGCGUGACCUGGGACGGCUGCACAGACUCCGGGAUGGUGUCUGGAUGUGCGGGCGACGGAGGGAGGGCUCCACCAGUGCCCCCACGGCGAUUAGGAGCGUCUCUGGAGAGCCCGGUCUCUCCUGACACCGCCUGCUUUUCCAAACUCCACGACUGGUACGGCAGGGAGGUGGAGGAGCUGAGAGCGCAGUGGCUGCAGAGCCAGUAGGCUGAUGGAGGAGGAAAAGGUUCAGUCAUUCCCUUCGGAUCAUUCUGCAGUGCUUCCUGAACUUUCCACACAGCAAAACAUUAAAAACUGUUUGUCAAAAAUCAGUUGGUUUUUUUUUUUGUUGUUGUUUUUUUAAAAAAAGCAAAACAUUUGGGAGUGAUUUCCAUUUCCAAUCUUGUCUUCUAUAGAGGAAUCUGAUGUUUUUUUUUAUCUAACACUAUCUGCUCUGCAAUCAAGAAGCACAAAAUAUGCUCUUUUUCUCAGUAAUUUUCUUGAAAUAUUAAGAACACACUACUUAAGAAGGGAUUUAUCAGAUUUUAUUUAACUCAGAGUGGUCAUGGAAGUUAUUUCAAUCAGAAAAAUGUGUUUUCUACAGCAAUCACUGCAAAUUGUUCUGUUGCUGCCUGCACGUUUGUAACAUCUAUUUGUUUUUUGUCUUAUUUUCAACCAUUUGUGUUAAGAUUAGUAAUCUGUCUAGUUAUCUGAAAAAAUACUAAAAGUAAAUACUACAAUAUACAGUGACUUGCCAAAGUGUUAUACCUCUUAAACUUUUUCACCACAAACUUGAAUGUAGUUUAUUAUCAGGAGUUACAGUACGUGAUGGGCCAACACAAAUAAUCUGAAAGAUCUGGCAAUACCAGUUUAGCACAAAGAGACUGAAAUGUUUUCCCAUUCUUCUUCUGCACAGAUCGGAUGGAGUGCAUUCGAUCUGUGCAGCUAAUCUAAAUUAGAUUAUUUCUAGAUUUUUAUGUUUUCUUUUGUUUCCAUUAAAAUACAAUGUAGUUUGUGCCUGGAAAGUGACGCAAUGUUGACAAACUCGUGCAAUAUUAAGAUGUUAACAGAUAAUUAGACAUAUCCGCUGCCCUCGGAGUGUUUUCAGUCUGAUUUUCUGAUUCCAGUCAAUAUACAGAAACCGUUCACCUAAACCAGUUUUUUGUUGCUACGUAAAAACAAUAGCACUUUUGCGUUCCCCGCUCAAAGCUCCCCGGGUUUCUCCCCGGAGGCCUCGGCGGUUGCUAACAUCCUUGCCGCAGUCACCGGGGACCAUGUGUGGAGCUGGAUGUUCUGAUCAAGGCAAUAGAAACCUUUUUAUUUUUAGUCGCUCUUAUCCAGCGGCCAGAUGAUGCUGUGUCAUAAGAGUGCUUGUCAUUUAUUCCCCGUUGAGACUCAUGCGCCGUGGAAAAGGAGGUGGUUUAUCCGCGGGAUUUAUUGGUCCCAGUUCCUGUUUUUGUCUCGGUCUGAUGCACAAUCCAGUCUGGAGUUUCGAUUAUGUAUUUACAACUUAUUUACUUUAAAUGUUACUGAUGAAACGUCUUGUAGGGCUGGAACAUACAUGAACACCCAACUUUCUUCAAUUUGGAUACAAAUAUUUACUAAUCCAUACUAAAAAUGAAUACUAACUUCUUCACAGUGGGCCUUUUAAAGCUAUUUACUUUUUUAUCCAUUUUAGAGUUGAUUUGUUUUUUAUGUGCCUUAUGUUUUCUUGAGAAUAGACAACUUGUAAUCAUUUCCACGUGAUUUUAACAUUGCCUUACGUUUCCUUGUUGCCAAAGGUUCAUUUUAAUGCAAUGAGUGAGUUACUGUUCUCUGCAUCAACGCACCACACUAUCAUUCCAGUUAAACACUCAGCUUGUGCAGACAGACAGUAGAAAACAUAACACGUUAUCUUUUCUAUUACUAUUAAAGUGUUAUCUAAAGUUUUACAUGCAUUUUUAAACAUAAUGUUUAUGUAAUUGUAAGGUAAAGGAAUGUAUGUUUCAUUUUGACUGUAAAAUGUUUUUAAAAGGUGCCAAAAGAGAAAAAUGCAUUUUCCUUUUUAUGUUUCAUUUUCAGUGCUACAUUAUAUAAUUGAACUUUCCUGUCUUUUUUUUUUUUUUAGAGAAAAAGCAAUAGUACAAUGUUAUACCACGGUACACAAAUAUAUGUAUGUUUUGUAUAAAUCACUUAUUAAAGCAUUUUCAAUCCAC